GUGGUCCCAGAAGGUACCCACAGUUUUUCCUUUGGUUGCGUAAGAGUUGUGUCAGAGAUGAAAGGCCUAGUACAGAGCUAAAUCUGGCACAGUGAAGUGAACAGAGUUACUGUUGGAAACAUUUUUCACUGUUGAAUAUCUAAGUUUCCCUAUGAAGCCACGAAGAAUCCCAAAAACAUGAAUAGUUCUCUAUCUUAGCAUUAUUUUUUACCAAACAAACAAAAGAAAAUAAAAAUAAAAAAUUUAAAUAAGCCACUAAAGGAAAAUUUUUGUAAGUGUAUGAAACACACAAAAAUUGGGUAAAGCCAUUUCAGUGUGUUGGAAGCCACACGGUGGCGCUGCAGGCUAAAAAGAUGAGGGGUAGGGACUUGAACUGAGAACGCUAUGCAAGUCGCUAACAAAAAAGGAAGAUCCCGACAGAUGAGCAGGGGAAAAAAGCUGUAGCCGCCCAAGAUUGAAAAACGAAAAAGAAAUAAGCCCUAGGUCUCCGCUGCUAUUAACACAUAACAUAAGUCUGGGAUUCGCACCUGCUGUUUACAUCCGGCGCUGAGAUUGUGACUGAUAAAUGAGGCAAGCCAUGGAGGCUAGGGAGUUCUGCUUCCCAAGACAAAGGCAAGUUCUAUUUCUCUUUCUAUUUUGGGGAGUGUCCUUGGCAGAUUCUGGGUUUAGACGUUAUUGGGUAACAGAGGAAACAGAAAGAGGAUCAUUUGUGGUCAAUCUGGCAAAGGAUCUGGGACUAGCGGAGGGAGAGCUGGCUGCAAGGGGAACCAGGGUGGUUUCUGAUGAUAGCAAACAACACCUGCUCCUGGAUUCUCAUACUUGGAAUUUGCUCACAAAUGAGAAACUGGACCGAGAGAAGCUAUGCGGCCCCACAGAGCCCUGUCUGCUGUAUUUCCAAAUUGUAAUGGAUAACCCCUUUCAGAUUUACCAGGCUGAACUGAGAGUCAGGGAUAUAAAUGAUCACUCACCAGCGUUUCGGAACAAAGAGGUGGUAUUAAAAAUACUAGAAAAUACAGCAGAAGGGACAGCAUUUCGACUAGAAAGAGGACAAGAUUCAGAUGGAGGACUUAAUGGAAUCCAAAACUACACCAUCAACCCCAACUCUUUUUUCCAUAUCAAAAUUAGUGACAGUGAUGAAGGUAUGAUAUAUCCAGAGCUGGUGUUGGACAAAGCGCUAGAUCGGGAGGAACAACAGGAGCUCAGUUUAACCCUCACGGCUCUGGAUGGCGGGUCUCCACCAAGAUCUGGGACUUCCACUAUAUGUAUAGUGGUCCUGGACAUCAAUGACAAUGCCCCGCAGUUUGCUCAGGCACUCUAUGAGGCCCAGGCUCCAGAAAACAGCCCUGUAGGGUCCCUUAUUGUUAAAGUCUCCGCAGAAGAUGUAGACACAGGAGUCAAUGCUGAAGUAACCUAUUCAUUUUUUGAUGCUUCUGAAGAUAUUCCAACAACUUUUCAAAUUAAUCCUUUUUCUGGGGAAAUCAUUCUCAGAGAGAUGCUUGAUUAUGAAUUAGUACAGUCUUACAAAAUAAAUAUACAGGCAAUCGAUGGUGGGGGUCUUUCUGCAAGAUGUAUGGUUUUGGUCCAGGUAUUAGACACCAAUGACAAUCCUCCUGAACUCAUCAUAUCAUCACUUUCCAACUACGUUGCUGAGAACUCUCCUGACGUGGUACUGGCCAUAUUUAGGAUUAAAGACAGAGACUCUGGAAAAAAUGGAAAGACGGUUUGCUCCAUUCAAGAUUAUCUGCCUUUCUUUCUGAAACCCUCUGUGGACAAUUUUUACAUCCUAAUGACAGAAGGAGCGUUGGACAGAGAGAGCCAAGCUGAGUACAAUAUCAUCAUCACCGUCACUGACUUGGGGACACCCAGGUUGCAAACCCAGCAAAACAUAACAGUGCUGGUCUCUGAUGUCAAUGACAACGCCCCUGCCUUCACUCAAACCUCCUACACCCUGUUGGUCCAAGAGAACAACAGCCCCGCCCUGCACAUCGGCAGCGUCAGCGCCACAGACAGAGACUCGGGCACCAACGCCCAGGUCACCUACUCACUGCUGCCGCCCCAGGACCCACACCUGCCCCUCGCCUCCCUGGUCUCCAUCAACGCGGACAACGGGCACCUGUUCGCCCUCAGGUCGCUGGACUACGAGGCCCUGCAGGCGUUCGAGUUCCGCGUGGGCGCCACAGACCGAGGCUCCCCUGCGCUGAGCAGCGAGGCGCUGGUGCGCGUGGUGGUGGUGGACGACAACGACAACUCGCCCUUCGUGCUGUACCCGCUGCAGAACGGCUCUGCGCCCUGCACCGAGCUGGUGCCCAGGGCGGCAGAGGCCGGCUACCUGGUGACCAAGGUGGUGGCGGUGGACGGAGACUCGGGCCAGAACGCCUGGCUGUCGUUCCAGCUGCUCAAGGCCACGGAGCCCGGGCUGUUCGGCGUGUGGGCGCACAAUGGCGAGGUGCGCACCGCCAGGCCGCUGAGCGAGCGCGACGCGGCCAAGCACAGGCUGGUGGUGCUGGUGAAGGACAAUGGCGAGCCUCCGCUGUCUGCCACCGUCACGCUGCACGUGCUCCUGGUGGAUGGCUUCUCCCAGCCCUACCUGCCGCUCCCGGAAGCGGCCCCGGACCAGGCCCAGGCCGACUCGCUCACCGUCUACUUGGUCAUCGCCUUGGCCUCUGUGUCCUCGCUCUUCCUCUUCUCGGUGCUGCUGUUCGUGGCGGUGCGGCUGUGCAGGAGGGACAGGGCGGCCUUGGGGGGUCGCUGCUCCGUGCCUGAGGGCCACUUUCCUGGCCAUCUGGUAGAUGUCAGUGGCACGGGGACCCUGUCCCAGAGCUACCAGUAUGAGGUGUGUCUCAUGGGUGGCUCCGAGACAAAUGAGUUCAAAUUCUUAAAGCCGGUUAUCCCUGAUAUACAGGCACAGGUCCCUGGGAGGAACAGUGAAGAAAAUCCCAUCUUUUGAAAUACCUUUGGGUUUAAUUUUCAGUAAAAAUUCUGUUAUAUUUUCAUGUACUUUUGUAAUGUUAUACAACCAUAUCAAUAUUAAUUUUAAACUAGUUAUGCAAUUCAAGUAGUUUUCAAUUUUCAGUUAUUACAUAUCUAAAUUUUAAAUGUUAUUUUAUCCGUUUUGCAUUAACAAUGAAUUUUAAUUGAAUUAGUACCCAUUUCUAAAGAAUAAUUUCAAUCCUCUCCA